CCUCAGACCCAUCUGUAAACUGUUUUCUCAUCCUCCUUCAUCCUUCUCUACGUAGUCAUCUAACAAGUAUUUCUUCAUUUCCUAAUUCAUAGAAGAAAAUUAAGUCCUUCUUAUUGAGUAAUGUCUCUUAGCGAAUUAUACUGCCUUAUAACAAUGGAGAAACCAUUGGAAAAAACUAACCUGGUAUCUUUUCCUCUGUUUGCACUGCUUCAUGUCUUGCUGAUUCAACUUUUGUUAUGGGUCAGUAGCAUACAGUGUUUUUUCUCAAGGUUCUGGUCAUUUCUACAAUCCCAACUUGAAUUUGAUGGUUCAAGGGUUUGGGAUGAGAAGAAGAACCAGAGUCUCGAGUUUUCACGCCCUCAGGUUUCAUCCGGACGGAAGAAAGAUGAGGUGAACAUCAACAGAGAAGAUGUGGAGAUGGUGAUGGGAAGAUUGGGGCUUUUUUGCAGCCCAGAAGGCAAGGAGCUACAGAAAACAUUUGGUUCCGAAGAGUUUUCAGGGCUGUUUGAGGAGAAGGAGCCGAGCUCGGAGGAGGUGAAGCAAGCUUUUGAUGUAUUCGAUGUGAACAGAGAUGGGUUUAUUGAUGAAAAAGAGCUGCAGAGAGUUCUCUAUAUUUUGGACUUCAAAGAAGGAUCAGAGCUGGAUAACUGCAAGAAAAUGAUCAAAAUCGCAGAUGAAAAUGAAGAUGGAAGAAUAGAUUUUCAAGAAUUCGUUAAACUCAUGGAAAAUUCUUUUUGCUGAGUCAUUUCAUUUUCUUUGGCAAAAUAAUAGCACACAGGAACAUUCAAACACAAUAUAUUCUACAUAUUCAUUUUUGACCUUCUAUUUUGUUAUAUAGCUUUUGAUAGACAAUAAUUUCUUUGUAAUUACUUUUAUAAUAUAAUCAUGAUCACCUU